AUGGCCGACUUCAAGAUGUACCUGGCCAGCGAGCUCGUCGCAGAGCAGAAGACAGUGUCGUAUCGGAGCCUGGCUCGAUCGCAGAAAGUGCACGUCAACUCUGCCAAAUGUAUGCUUUACGAGUUCUACCAGGAACAGAUCAAAAGGAAGCCGGGAAGUGUCUAUGCCACGUACCUGAUGUCAGGCGUGAAGUGGAAGGAGAAGCCUACCGUUGAUCCAAACGUUUCCAUGCGAUCUAGUCCGCCACCUUCCAGUUCCAUGCCUCAGUCGCAGCCGGAGGAGGAAGAGAUCAAGGUGAAGACCAUCACGCUUGUGCGGGAAGAGGAUCUCGAGGACGUCAAGAGUACAUACGAGACUAUCUCUUCGAUACAUAUCUACAGCCUCUCACCGGUCAAGAUUCCUGAUCUCGUGACGUUGUCAGACAUCACUCGAAGUCUCUACACCGAUGUCUUCGCCAAGGAAGACCCGCUCUCACACAACAAGACAUACGGCGUAAUACAAAACCCGCAAGUCCGGCGACGUAAAGGCAAGCGAACGGUUCUUCCAAGUGCACCUCCCCCGAAGUUCCAGUCUGUCAAGGAGGAGAAAAAGCCCGCUGCUGCCCUGAAAGAGACCACGGCGAAUAAGCCAGUUCCAGCCCUCAAGAAAGAGAGCAGUCUGUCGAAGUCCCAGCCACAGAAGAAAGACGACGCUUCUUCCCGCGAAAGCACGCCUAAGCCCGCCUCGCUCAAGCGCGAUGCGUCAGACAUCUUCAAGUCCUUUGCCAAAGCCAAGUCAAAGCCGAAGGACACGCCUAUGAUGGACACCGAUGACGGCGAAGAGGACGAGGCUCUCUUCGAGGCUCCCAAGACUAGCACAAAGCGUUCGAGCGACGUGAAGAAGGAGCGUGACGACAAGGCCGCAAAAUUGAGGAAGAUGAUGGACUCGGACGAUGAGGUCGAGGCCGCAACAGAGACCGAAAAGCCUGCCGAGGACUCGGCUGCAGAUCCUGGUACCGAGACAAAGCCAGAGGACGAGGACGUAGCCUGGUCAGAUUCAGAUGAAGAGAAAGCCACCGCGAAAAAGACAGCCGAAGAGCCACCAAAGGAGGAAUCUACCGGACCAAAACGGAAGCGUGGCAAACGCAAGGUGAUGAAGAAGCGGACCAUGAAAGACGAGGACGGCUAUCUGGUGACCAAGGAAGAGGAAGCAUGGGAGAGCUUCAGCGAGUCCGACACGGAGAAGGUGAAGCCGAAGGCUUUCGCCGGAUUCCAGAAGAAGGCUCCUCCGCCGAAGAAAGCUGCCACGACAGCCGCCGCUCCAGGCAAGAAGAGCAUUGCAAGCUUCUUUGGGAAGAAGUAG